AUCGCUGCCCAAGCCAAAACAGUGACAGUUUUUUUUUCCUAAAACUCGAAAAAGAAUUGUCGUCCACUAGUGGGCCUAAUAUAAGUAAUAUUUUCUGGUCUUCAAAAUCGGCGCAACUGUGGCCCCACACUCGAUCCAGUUUUUGCGAACCCUUUGGAGAAGUCAUCAGCGCCUCCAGCUGCAACAGCAAGUCGUGCACAGUGCAUCCAGUGGCGGUUUCUUGGCGGAAAGGCACAUUCGGCAUCGGAGCACCCCGGAUUCGUUGGUCUCGGCGCAAGAACCGGCUGAUUGCGGUCACAUCAUGAGUGGCAGAUAUCGCGGAGGCGGUGGUGGCGGCGGACGCUUUGGAGGCCGAGGUGGCGGUGGAUAUGCAGAUAGUGGCGGCUACAAUGACUUCGACAACUACCGUGGUGGCGGAGGACCAGGCUUUGGGCCAGGUCCCGGGCCAAGUCCAUUUAAUAUGGGAGGUCCUAACAUUUCUGGCAAUGAGCUGAUGCAGUUAAUGAGUGCCAUGGCCAGCAACUUCAACAUGAACUCACAGCUCCCGCAGCCGAUGCGCCAAAGUUGCGGCGAGUUGCGCAAUCACCACUGCGGAUUAUUUGUUGAGCUGUCCGGCAGGCUGAUUAAGAAGCGGGUAAAUCGGUUUGCGGAGCUGCGCGAUCGCAACGGCGGCGCCUGCCAGCUUGUGGUUCUGGAAGACAAGCAUCCGCGAGUGGCACGGCGCAUGAACAACAUGCCCGAGAACACAACUCUAACUAUUGUGGGUUUGGUGAUGCGUCGCCCACACAAUUCGUGCAAUCAAACGAUGCCAACGGGCGAGAUCGAAGUGGAGGUGCAGGACAUCCUUAACAUUCAUUUCCCGGCAAGCGGCACCAAGAGAGCUGGUGACAAGCGCACAUACAGCACAAUGGUGCAGCAGCAGAGUAAUCUUGGGAUUACCAGCACCGAGUACAAGAUAGCCAAGAACGAGAAUAUAUUGAAGUAUUUUGAAAACCGCGAUCUCACCUGCAACGAUCUUAGGCGCGACGAUGUGGGCAAGACAGUGACGUUGGUUGGUUGGAUUCCAUCUACCAAAAACAACAAAUUCUUGCAGCUCAAAGAUGGUUAUGGCCAAACACAAUUAAUGAUCGAGGAUCAGUCGCUUAGCGACACAUUUCUUUCAACACCAGAACAGACAGUUAUCCAAAUUGUGGGCAAAGUUCUGGGGAGACCAAAAGCGAAUGUUAAUUUGAAAUACGAUACUGGCGAGGUGGAAGUCAGUGUGACAAGCGUAAAGGUCCUGAAUCCAGACGAUCCCUACGAUGGUCCCAUUAAGGCCAAAGAGAAGCAACAAAAGCUAUCCAUCGAUGAUCUUGAGGCUGAGGAGGCUGCCGCCGAAGCAUCGGCCAAUCUCUCUAGCAAUAAUGGAGAAUCCAAGGAAGAUGCCGCGGAAGCAGCUACCACUGCUAAUCCCUCUGUAGUUGCCGAGCAACGAGUAAAAGUAGCGGAUACCAACAAGUUUGCCGACCGCACACAUAACUGCGGCGAACUAACCUCCAAUGACAUCAACGAAAAAGUCGUCAUAUGCGGCUGGUUGGAGUUCCAGCGGAUGAACAAAUUCUUCAUUCUUCGGGAUGCUUAUGGACAAACUCAGGUACUGUUGUUACCAAAAACAGAGGGUCUGGAAGAAUACGCAGACACGGGCGUGCCCAUUGAGUCAAUUGUGCGAGUUGAGGGUACAGUGAUACCCCGCCCAGCGGCCACAAUAAACCCUAAAAUGCAAACUGGACAUGUUGAGGUAGAAGCGGAUAGAGUCGUUGUUCUCAAUCCGGCAAAGAAAAAUCUUCCGUUUGAGAUCCGAAAGUUCAAUCGAGCUGGCGAACGCUUGCGGCUUACACAUCGGUAUCUGGACCUGCGUUUUAAUGAUAUGCAGCAUAAUCUUCGCCUUCGAUCGGCUGUUAUUAUGAAAAUGCGAGAGUAUCUUGUCAACUAUUUGGGUUUCGUAGAAGUCGAGACACCAACGCUCUUCAGACGAACGCCAGGCGGAGCUCAGGAAUUUGUAGUACCCACUCGCAAAGCGGGACACUUUUACUCGCUCGUACAGAGUCCGCAGCAAUUCAAGCAGAUGCUGAUGUCCGGUGGAAUUGACAGAUACUUCCAGGUGGCGCGUUGCUACAGAGAUGAAGCAACGCGUCCAGAUCGUCAGCCGGAGUUCACACAACUGGAUAUAGAGCUAUCUUUUACCAGUAGGGAUGACAUCAUGCAACUGAUUGAGGAAACCCUCCGUUAUUCGUGGCCCAAAGAUUUCCCGCGUCUGCAAACACCGUUCCGUCGUAUUACUUAUGAGGAGGCAAUGGAAAAGUACGGAAAUGACAAGCCAGACACUAGAUUUGGUUUCUUGUUAAACAACGUGUCGGAAAUUAUUGAAAAGAGUGAUGACUUCAAAGAAAAAUACGAGGAUCUUGGUGCUUAUGCCAUUGUGGUACGAGCCAGUGAAGCCUUUUGGAAUGGAGCUGCUCGAAAGCAUUACGAAAGUCUAGGCAAAGAGUUCAAGGGUACGUUGUUCGUGCGCAAAUUUGGGCCGGCAAAGGAUGUACAGGAGAAACUGGGAAAGCUUCUAGGAGAAGAUGUGGCUACCGAGAUUGCCGAUAAGUUUGAUCUUGAGGAGAACGAUCUUCUUUUCUUGGGCAUUGGACCAAAAGUGGAAACUCGCGCAAUGUUAGGUCGUAUCCGACUGGACUAUCACGAGUUUCUGGUGGAGAAUGCCAAAGUUAAGAAGCCUAAUGACUUCCGCUUCCUGUGGGUGAUCGAUUUUCCAUUGUUCGAGCGAAAUCGUGAGACUAAUCAGUUGGAGAGCGUUCACCACCCAUUUACCCUGCCACAUAGUGAUGAUCUGGACAACUUUGCCACUAGCUGCGAAAACCUGGAGAACAUACGCUCCCAGGCUUACGAUUUGGUGCUGAACGGCCAGGAAGUCGGAGGCGGUUCCAUUCGCAUCCAUGAUCGAGACAUGCAGCACUUUAUACUGGAACAGAUUCUGAAAAUCCCACAUGACCAUUUGUCGCACUUACUAAGCGCAUUGGAGUCGGGCUGCCCGCCUCAUGGCGGCAUAGCUUUGGGUUUGGAUCGCUUGAUUGCCAUCUUAUGCCGUGCGCGAUCCAUACGCGAUGUGAUUGCAUUCCCCAAGUCACUUAAUGGGCGUGAUCCGCUUUCAAACGCACCGGUUCCCAUUUCCGAUGAGGAGAUGAGGCUUUACCACCUUUCUGUGGUAGAGGAGGAAGAGGCCAGCACAAAUAACACAUCACACGAACAGGAGGACGACGAUCCCGAUCAAGAACGUGCUCCUCCAUCCCCAAUGUCGGCGACUAGCGAAUCCGAGCAGCCUCAAAUGGACGUGGACAUCAAGACAGAGCCAGAAGAUCAAAAGGAGGAUUUUGAUCCCGAAUCAGUGUCAGUGAAAACCCCAACCAAAGCGGCAGUAAAAGCUGUUUCCGAAGAACCCCCACCAGCCGAGCCCGUUGCAUCUGUGGCUGCUACGCCAACCAGAGCCAGAAGGACCGUUAAAAAGAAGGUCUAGGACGGGCGUUCAUUAACUUUACGGAUAACGAAUUAGCAUUUUACGUGUAAGCUACGUGGUCAGGACGGAGGAUGGCAGCUGGCGGGUGCAUUUGUCGGCCAUUCAGAUAACACGGCACUCGGGUCGAGUUAAAUAACUAACGAAUCCCAUUUUAUACACACAGUUGUAUACCAAAAAGGUUAAUAUAUGUACCCACCAUGGAUCUUUACAACGGACUUCAAUACCAGAAUAUAGGAACUAGGGCAAAAACACUGUACUCUCACAUCUUGAUCCGGUUGUCCUCAUUCUACAAAUCCAUUUGAAAUUAUUAUGGCAACAAAUUUAUUACAAUUUACAAAAUAUACAAAGCAGCUAUUGAUUCGCAAUUGUUUAA